UUGCAGAAAACUUCAAAGAGUAUCGUAGUAUAUCCCCCCACACUUCCGCAGAAAAACGCUACAUCGUGCCUGCAUUGAAAGGUGCAGUGAGAGAAACAGAAGGGUUAAUUGUGUAUCAGUUUAUCCUUGAUUUCCUAAGACAUGUAACAAAUAAAAGUGACAAGAUUAAAAUGCAAGACGAUAUUUUUCCGGCUGCAGAGAAAAUCCUUUCCGACAUCGAAAAUGUGGUGAAGAAGAAUCCGUCACUGAAAAGUUUUGAAAUAAUCCCUGCUGAAGACAAUGAAAACAAAUCACCAGUAUUUCAUCAGGAAGAUUGUCUCGGAUUGGCAUCGUGGUGCGUGCAACCACUUUACUGUUAUGCUUAUCGUCGGCUCUUUGAACUUCGACAAAAUAAACACAGACGUGAGGAACCUAGUACAAUAGCAAGAUGGUUGUUGGGCGCAUUAUUAUUAAAUCCAGAUGUUACGACAUUCUGGAACAUGCGACGGGAAUUAGUAAGAAAUCAUAAAUUAGAAGCAUCCGAAGAAUUCUUUUUUUCACGAUUGGUGCUUUAUCAUAAGCCAAAAUGUUUCGAGGCGUUCGCCUAUCGACGAUGGUUAUUAUCAUAUAUAUUGAAUAGUAAAGACGGACAUUAUGACCCAGAAUCGGUGGAAUCGCCACUUUGUAGGGAAUUGGACAUAGCAACUACGUGUGCGGAAAGAUACGCGAGUAACUAUCAUGCCUGGAGUCAUAGACGUCAUGUAUUGACCCUUCGUGAAUCACGUGGAUUUACAUAUCCGAGUCUGGAAACAGAAUGGAAGAAUUCACUCGCUUGGUGUCAACGGCAUGUGUCGGAUUAUAGCGGGCUUUCCUAUCGACAGUUCCUACUAAAAAAAUUCAUGUUUGAAUUCAAGGAACUACCGAAGGAACCGUCUAUAAAAUACUCGGAUGUCAGAGAGCAAUGGAAAGAAGAACUAUUCGUUUAUAUUAAGUCAAACAUCAGUGAAAAAGGGAACACCCAUCAAUUGCAGAGGCUAUUUAAUGCUACAAAUGCGGAAUCUGAAGCAACUACUUCAUCGAAAAUGAAACAAUAUACAUAUUUCCAUGCUUUGUCAUAUUGGCUAGAAGAAUGCCAUGCGAAUGAUAGUGCUAUUUUCUUGUACAACGAUCACGAGGCUCUUUGGUGUCAUCGUAGAUUCCUUGCGUAUCUUCUUGUGCGUUUUAUGGCAUUGAAGCAUUCUUACCACAAAGACGAAUACGAUUUUGAUAGCCAAUCCGUUGACAAAUCGAUUGAAAAAAAAAAUGUUCAAAAAACAUUAGCUACGUUAACGAACGAUGACGUGAUUUUGUGCCACGAUUUUCUCGUGCAAGCAUUCCGUGCAUGCACCAACAAAAUUGCUGAUCUCGCUAUCAAACGAGAUCAACACGAGAAAAUGCUAGUUGAGAGAUUUUUUAAAUUUCUCCAAAGCAUCGAAUUUGAAAUUAGAUCGUGAUCUCGUUGCGUCCAGAUUUUACAUUGAAACGAAAGAUAAAAUAUACGCAAUAAGACAAUUUUAAUUGGGCAUGGACCGAUAUGCCGUUGUAAAAAUCAUGCAAUAACUGUUCUGUAUUUCAUACAGACAUUAUUCCUAGGCGUAUAUUCUAUGUAUGAAUUAUAUUUCAAUAGUGCUCUCUCGUCUGAUCUGUUGCGCGGUGAUCUGUGCAUAUAAAUCAGUGCUGUCCACGAGAGGGAUCUCUUAUGCGACUUUGUUCCCUUUUACAUGUCAUAAGAGUAAAAAGAACUCAGAAACAGAUCUAAUAUUCUAGAUUUUCUUCUCUUUCUAUCUUGCUCUUAAAACGAAUGAACGUGAAAAAAAUGAGAAUAUGAAAGAUAUUCUGAAACUGGACAGCACUGUCAUAAAUGAUGUAGCAUCGUUUAUGAUAACACAAGAUCUAAUGUACAAUGUAAAUGAAAAUGGAAUGAGUAUCGAUACUUAUUUUUGAGACAUUUACCGUAUAUUGUUUAAGAAAAUUUUCAAUAAUUGAAGACGAUAUAUAUUGUAUCGUAAUUAACAGAAAAAAGAAGAAACUGGAAGUUGGAUAACGUUUGAUUUUUUAAACGUUAUCCAAUAUGCGAAAAAAAUAAGUAUACUAUGAUUGCGUAGUAAAGAAGAAAAAAAGUGUCUUUUGAGGCUAUGGGGAAGUAUUAUUAUGGGGUAAAUGUGUAUAGUGGAACGUUGACAAAGUAUAAAAUGAAAAAAGAAAAAAAUGUUAGUUUUGUAAUCAUGUGUUUUUAGUCACCUUAUUAGAAUAGCAAAGGCUCGCAAAUGCCGGCCAUUUACAUCGUCAAGCCAAAUGUUUUGACGCCACUAGACAUAUGCGAUAUUGGCCACGUUGUCCUCCUUUGGCACGACAAUCUGACCAAAAAUAAAUCUCUAGACUUUUGUCUGAAUUUCUCGUCAGUCUACCGGGAACGGUCGUUAAAUGCGUACGAUUGUCAGAUUUCUCGUCAUCAAAUCCUAUAACUUCCGUUUCAUUGUUACAUGUUAAUAAAGUUCAGUGAACCUUGUCGACAACAAA